AAGGAGAGAGGCCAAGGCCUUGGUUCAGGUGACGACUCCAUCAGCACCUUGGGCCUGAUCCUCUGCGUGGGGCUGUCGCUGCUGCUCGUGUCCAUCCUGGGCUACAGCCUGGCCAAGUGGUACCAGCGCGGGUACUGCUGGGAGGGGCCUAAUUUUGUCUUCAACUUGUACCAAAUCCGGAACCUGAAGGAUCUGGAGAUGGGUCCUCCCUUCACCAUCAGUGGCCACAUUAGCAGUUCAGAUGGAGGCUACAUGAAGUUCUCAGACAGGCUGGUCUGAUGAGGGGAGUGUCAACUUUCUGGAGCCCCCAGAGAGGAGGAGGUUCCUGGCUCAGAAUCUGCCCCUCUUGGGCUCCCCUGCCUUCAACCCCUGGAUCUUCAAGGCCUGGCCUGGCCCCUCUUGUGAAUGCUGAGGAGCCUUCUCUUGGGACACCCCAGCCUGCAGCAUGAGAGUCCCCGGGAGAGUCAGACCUCUGGGAACAGAGUCUGUGAAGUCACAGCGGCUUUCUCACAGAAACCAAGAGAUGGCCAUUUCCUGAGGAGGAGGGGCUGGUUCCUGGGGUCCCCCUGAGUCUGUGCCCACAGGUUCCAGGUGCCCUGGAGAGCAGAGCUCUCCCAGCUGGGCAGCGUGGGUGGGGCUUGGAGAUUCCAGAGGGGAGCUCUCCAUUGGGCAUCCCCAGUCACUUCCCCAGGGGGACUGACACCAGGGUCAGAAAACCUGUCAUAUCCUCUAUGGAAGUCAUGUGGGAGGAAGGGUCAUUCCAGAUGCUUUUAAACCUUCCUACCAGAAGCCAGCUUCCCCUGAGAGCUGUAUACUGAGCUUAGGCCUUGACUCUGCCCUGCCCCACUCUGCCCUUUGUUCUGGCACUUUCCGCAAGUCCCCCCACCUCACUCCACAACCCCUCAUGCCCUCCCACUCAUCUGUCCACCACCUGUGUCUGUUUCCCUUGCUACUGACCAGCCUCUGUGCUGAGGGCAGUGCUGAGAACAGUCUAGAAACACGUUCUUAUUUUUUGGUUCCUGUGAUGGGGACGGCCUGGUGUAGAUAGCUGUCUCUCCCAUGUACUCCAUUUCCUGUGCAAGGCCUGCCUGGUAAUGUGGAAAGUGGACUAGAAAUGGUGAGAAUGGGGGAAGAGGAACCUAGAUUAGCCUGAAAUAAACCAGAUAAUGCACAUGGGAAAUCAACAACCAAGUAUAGCUUAGUGGACAGGAGAACAGUUUGUUCAUGAAUCAUUACUCCUUCCUCCAGUCUAUACCCUACUGGACCUGAGGUGGGGCCCAAACUAGGAUGUCAGCUUGCAUGCUAAGCUGCUUCAGUUGUGUCUGACUCUGUGUGAUCCAUGGACUGUAGCCUGCCAGGCUCCUGUCCAUGGGAUUUUCCAGGCAAGAAUACUGGAGUGGGUUGCUGUUUCCUUCUCCAGGGGAUCUUCCCAACCCAGGGAUCAAACCUGUGUCUUCUGCAUUGGCAGAUGGGUUCUUUACCACUGGCACCACCUGGGAAGCCCUGGGAUGUCAAUUUAGUAGGUACUUUAUGCAGCAUUGUUCAGUCCAGAGGGACUGAAUUCCUGGGGCAACUGUGGAUGGAGCAGGGUCUAAUGGGGGCCCUGCCACUGCUGAAAACAGCAGUUAGAGCUACCAGCCACUGGUCUCCCUGACGAUGUCCCAGAACAAGGCUAACAAUAUACAGAGGCCCAGGACCGUAAUAGGUGAGGAGAAAAGUCACAUUUGUCCUCCUGUUCUCUCUUUUCUGAAGCCUGGUUUCUUUCUUGCUUUGGAUUCUAACAGAUUGACUUGCCAGGGCCUGGGGGCCAUUCUCCCGACAGAGCCAGACUGUGACUUAAUAAGCCAAGUCUCUGCCUUUGGAGGUCUUCGGCUGGGCCCCAACUCCUCUAUUCCUGGGUAGGUGGAGGUGGGGAGGGGCCCCCUAGACUCUGGAUCCCUCCCUUCCUUGAAGGCCCAUUGGGAGAGGUGGGGGAGGGGCUAUGGGCUGACAUGGUGUCCUUCCUCCUUGCAUUUCAGUUCUGAGGGCUGAGCCGCAUUGCUUAACCCAAGGGGGUGUCCAGUCUCAACAAACGCUCAGCUGUGCCCUGCUCAGUGUGGAUCCUGGGUCUGCAGCCCUGGCAGGGCCUCCCUAACCCCUGAAAGUGCCCAGAGCUCAGCAACCUGGGGAAACCUCAAAGGCUAGGGUCCAGGGCCCAGGUGGUCUUGGCCCCAGGUUUGAAGGCUUCAGGUAGGGAGACAGCGACAGCUGCCAAAGGCUGGGAGAAUGGAGGGUAUUUCCUAUCCUGGGGAGCGGAACUGAGAUUGGGCCACUUCCUCUUUUUGGGCCCUCUGACGUGUUCCCUGUCCUCUCUGCCUCCCCCUCGUUUUCCUGACUUCUGCUGUCUGACUGGCUAGUGCAGCUUUCUUUACCCUGGACUCUACAUGUUUCUAUUGGGGGCAGAUUCUGGCCCAUUCAGAAAUGGCGAGGGAGCUGAUGUCUAGAAAUCUGGCUCCAAGUCUGGUUAUUUGCUGGGCACCUGACCCAUGGCGAUGCCAGCACCACCCCCGCCACCCAGGCCCUCCCCUCCCUCGUAACUAUUCUUCACCUCCCUGGCCCCAGGAGCCAGGAGGCAGUCAUGGAGAGCCUGCAGUUCCAUGGACUGGCCAUUCCCAGGCCACUGACUGCCACCCUGUUCCUCUUUGGAGUCUUUGCCAAGGCUGUUCUCCUGCCUAGAAUGCCUUCUCCCCCAGACCCCCACCCCCAGCCACAUCCAGUCUCCAUGGUUGGCUCAAGUCUCAUCUUUCCUAUAGCUUCCCUUGGACUCUAGACUUGAUGCCACCCAAGCAGGCAAGGUUAUGUCCCACAGGUUUUUAGUAACCGUUAAAAGUAGAGUCAAUAGGAGGUGCUUAUAAAUGCCAGCUGAGUGGAAGGAAACACCCACUGUGGCCACAGAAGCCUGUCUGGUGCUAGAUAAAGAUGCCCAGGCGACAUGAGGAAGAGAAGAAACUGCUUAUACAGUGCAGAGUCUGCAGAGUCCAGUGCACUUCCACACACGCUACUGUGUCUUGAGCCUGGUGGCAAUCUUGUGACAUGGAGAUGAUUAUUGGUCCCAUUUUACAAACAGAGAGAUUGAUGCUCAGAGAGUUGGUAUUCUUUGCCUAAGGCUGCACAGCCAGCAACUGACAGAGUCAAGGCAUCACGGAUAAAGCCCGACCUCAGGGCUUAGGGGGAGGAACGCUGUAGAACAGGGUCUGGUGUAGAACCUGUCCUGCCACGCUGUGUGGUCAUGGGCUGUCACUUCACCAUCCUGGGAUUAAAUUUCAGCAUCUGGCAUUUGAGGGAUUACUUCAAGACUCCUCUCUUUUACUUGAAGCAGAAAGAGUCCUUUCUUUUUUUUUUUUUUUCAAAUCUCUGGGCUCUCUGAGAACUGGGCCGUGAAGAAGGCAGAAUGCCGAAGAAUUGAUGCCUUUAAACUGUGGUGCUGAAGAAGACUCUUGAGAGUUCCUUGGACAGCAAGGAGAUCAUACCAGUCAAUCUUUAAAGGAAACCCUGAAUAUCCAUUGGAAGGACUGAUGCUGAAGGUGAAGCUCCAAUACUUUGGCCACCUGAUGCGAAGAGCGACUCAUUGGAAAAGACCCUGAGGCUUGGAAUGACUGAGGGCAGGAGGAGAAGGGAGCAACAGAGGAUGAGAGGGCUGGAUGGCAUCACUGAUGCAAUGGACAUGAACUUGGGCAAGCUCUGGGAGAUGGUGAGGGACAGGAAAGCCUGGCGUGCUGCAGUCCAUGGGGUCAUGAAGAGUCAGACGUGACUGGGCGACUGAAUGACGACUCUAUGUUUAGUGCCACAGGAGCUGGUACUUAGUGGGCACACCAUAAUCUGAGCAGCUGCCUGUAGCAGAAAAGAGAAGAGAAAACUCCCUGGGGCUCUCCAUUGUCUUCUCUGGGAGUGACAGCACUGCUUUCCCAGUUUAAUCCCAGCUCCUCUGUGAUUGGCUGAGGGCUGCAGUGAGCGUUGCUUAUCUUUUGGAGCCUUCUGCCAGGAAGAGCCAGUUGCGUGUGGCCCUCGUGGCUGGCCACUCCCAUCCAGGCUGGAUUCUCCAGAGGUGAGCUUUUACACUCUCCUUAGCGGGUUCUGACUUCCUGUAUCUGAAGAGCCUGGGCAGUACUAUAUCUCAUGACCACUGACCGAAAAUGCCCUGCAGGCUCAUUUCACAUGCAGCUUCUCGCCAACAAGAGCUUACUCAGGUGUUCAGGCAUCCGGAUCCAUUGUGAACUUUGAAAAAGGAAAAAGAUGGAAAAUCAUUGGCAUUACCAUAAACUGUGCUUCCAACUAAAUGAAUGUGUCCUUUUAUAGCAUGUGCAGAGUCAAGGAAAAUUAUGUUCCUUCUUCUCUGGUGGCUCAAUGGUAGAAGAACCCACCUGCAAUGCAGGAGAUGUGAGUCAGGAAGAUCCCCUGGAGUAGGAAAUGGCCACACACUCCAGUAUUCUUGCCUGGAGAAUCCCAAGGACAGAGAAGCCUGGCGAGCUACAGUCCAUGGGGUCAUAAAGAGUUGAAUACGACCUAACAACUAAACCAUCACAGUUUAGUGCAUUUCAUACACAAAGAGGCACAUACAAAGUGUAGUGAUGACUCUCUAACUCAGGAGGUGGCAGCUGAAAGGUGAUGGCUGCAGUUCCCUUUGACCCUGGUAGUUUAGGAUCCUAAAUAUUACUCUGUCUUUCCUUUGACCCUGGCUAAGACCGAAGAGCGCUGAAGACUGGACCAUUUCCAACCUAUCCCUUCUUGAGCAGGAAGGUGAAACACUAACAUGUGCCUUGAACAGGGCAAGACAGGGAUUUCAAUGCACUGUCUCAUUUCAUCCUCCCCGUCGCUCACGUGAGGGAACAGAGGCUCCGGGUCUGGUGAAAUGAUUUGCUUAAGACCAGGCAAGACUGUAUUUUCUCUGUAACUCUUCCUCACUUUUAGCCUCUGCCCAAGCUAGCAGCUCUCUGAGAUCCCUGACCCCCAAGGAAGCAGGCCCCUCCUUCUGGUCUCUCAUUUCUUUUCCAGCCCCCUGGUGUGCUGAGAAGGGCUUCUCAGAACCCGGGGCUCUCCAGACCCUGUCCUCAGCUCUGAGCUUCUCAUCGGCCCAUUCCUCAAUCUUUCUUUCAUUUUUUAUACCCCCUGUCACCUCCAAAUCAUCAAAUUCUGCUCAGUUUUUUUUUUUAACUUAAAGCAAAAUUUUUUAAAAAUAUAAUUUUAUUUUAUUUAUUUAUUCUUCGCUGUUUGCUGCUGUGCGGGCUUUUCUCUAGUUUCAGGGAGAGGAGGCUACUCCAUAGUUGUGGUGUGUGGGCUUCUCAGUGGAGCACAAGCUCUGGGGCGUGCGGGCUACAGUAAUUGCAGCUCAUGAAUUCUAGAGCACAGGCUUAAUAGUUGUGGCUCAUGGGCUUAGCUGCUCCAUGCCAUGUGGGAUCUUCCUGGACCAGGAAUGGAACCCAUGUCUCCUGCAUUGGCAGGCGGAAUCUUUACCACUGAGCCACCACCGAAGCCCAAUUCUGCCCAUUUUUUAUGUCAGCUCAAUUUUCACUUCUCCAGAGAAACUCCCUCAAGACCUAUGGAUCUCCUUGUCUUUUAGUUCUUAAUUCCAGAUACUCUCCUGUAACCUAAUUAUUGAUCAUUCCUUUGUAUUCAUUUAUUCUUGCAACUUCUAUAACAGGUCAAGAACUGUGCUAGGCACCAUGAGGGAAUACAUUCCCUCUUGAGAUUAACCUCACUGUCCCCUAUUUGAUGGGUAUUUCUUGCCAGCAAAAUUCAGAUCUUAUACCUUUUCUGAGUUCUUUAUGGUGUCUUAUACAGCUCUGGCCAUAGCCAGUGACUCCUCAGGAAAUUAUGUUGAAGGACUCUUCAGUCUCCUCAGGGAAUCUUGGUUGUUGCUUCAUCCCUGGUCCAAUCCUGGAUGCUCUGAAAAGCCAGAACUUUUGCUUUUGUCUUCCCAACCUCAACCCUUUGAUCAUCUACCGACACAGAUCUGGAGAAAGUGUAGAUCUUCUACUUAAGUUUUUCUAUUUGAGGGUUAAACUAAGGGAUGGCCAAACCCAUGAAGAAGCUGGGCAGGUGAGGAGGGGGCUGUGAACUCCUGUAGCUUCCUUUUCAGUUAUAAAGACUUGCUCCAUGCUGGUGUCUCUGGUGCUCCUCUCUCUGGCCCAGGGUUCUGAGAACCUCGAAGUAGGAGCAGAUGGGUCUCUCAUUACUGUAUUUUUAAAAGUGCUUAGUGAGCAAAAAACCAUCUAGAAGCAGUGAUAUUUAAGCAGCUCUAGUACAAAACAGGAAGCCAGUGGCCUGGUGAAUUCUCACACUUAGGGACCAGAAGUGAAAAUAUUCUGCCUGCCCAGAGCAACAGCAGGUCAACAAAACAACAGGUGUGGUGGCACUGGAGGCCCCGCCAGACUCCCUGUCUCCUGGGUUGUCCCUGCAGAGCCUUGGGGGCUGCCUCCCCUUCUCCAAAGCCCAGGAGGAGGUUUCUCAUACACAGGCAGGGGGCCAUGGGGAGGGAGAGGAGUGGAAAAUGUAAGAAGCCUCAUCUUCGGGUCUGGCCCCAGUAGCUGGGAGGCCCCAGGUGCCUUGUUUGUAACAAGGUUGCCGCUGGACUUGAGGAUUCUGAGGUCCCCUCCAGCUGCAAGGCUGUUUCAGAGUGUGGGUGACUUUAGUUCCAUGGGGCUGGGGGAGGGGGGCAGG